AUGUCAGGCUUGGACGUGGAAGCCCUCCUUGACUCGACUGCUUCCUCCAAGGAGCAAACCGGCAAGGUUAUCGCUAAUGGCGACUCACCUCAGGCCGGAAGCCGUAGCGAAUACGACCGCGAGCGCGAGCGCGAGCGCGAUAGAGACCGCCGCAGCCGCGAUCGCAGCCGAGAAGGUGACCGCGACCGAGACCGAGGCCAUCGCCGCCGUGAUCGUAGCACCGGUCGCCACCGAAACUCUUCCAGCGGUCGGAAUACCCCGAGGAGUGAGGCCGGGAGCCACAAGAGUAGGCGCCGGAGCCGGAGCCGUGAUUCUGGCCGACACUCACGUCGUCAUAGAACCGACGGAGACUACUACCGUGGCAACCGCGGUCGUGGUGGCCGCUCCCGCUCCCGCUCACCGAACCGUUACUACCGCCCGCCUGGAGAAGAGCGUCGCGACCGCGAGGAUCGCGGCUAUCGCCGCCGCGAUGAAGAACCUCGUGCCGCCGGAAACAGCACACCCCGCGAUACUUCGCCGACGGGAGACGAGCGCGAUCGCCGCACCGUCUUCGUCCAGCAGCUGGCCGCUCGCCUCCGUACCCGCGAGUUGAAGGAAUUCUUUGAAAAGGUUGGCCCCGUUGCCGAGGCGCAAAUCGUAAAGGACCGUGUUAGCAACAGGUCUAAAGGUGUCGGCUACGUCGAGUUCAAGGGUGAAGAAUCCGUUGCGGCCGCCCUCCAGCUCACUGGUCAAAAACUCCUAGGUAUUCCCGUCAUCGUUCAACCCACCGAGGCCGAGAAGAACCGCCAAGUCCGUAACUCGGAAUCGUCCGGCCAUCCCAACUCGGUCCCCUUCCACAGGCUCUACGUCGGCAACAUCCAUUUUAGCAUCACCGAGACAGACCUCCAGAACGUCUUUGAGCCCUUUGGCGAACUCGAAUUCGUGCAGCUGCAGAAGGACGACAGCGGUCGCAGCCGAGGCUACGGUUUUGUCCAGUUCCGUGAUGCUGGCCAAGCCCGUGAGGCUCUUGAGAAGAUGAACGGGUUCGACCUGGCCGGUCGUCCAAUUCGUGUCGGGCUUGGAAACGAUAAGUUUACCCCAGAGUCAACUGCCAACCUCUUACGGGGAUUCCAAGGCCAGAAUCAGAAUCAACAGUUCCAGGGAUCCUCAUUCUCCGGUGCCGGGGGCAGAGGCCCCCAGGCGUCCAACUUUGACCGUGCCGGCGGCCGAGACAACGAGAAGGGUACCGGCGCUAGUGCCCUGGACGAUACCGACGUCGCCGGUGUCAACUUUAACAACUACAGCCGAGACGCCCUCAUGCGGAAGCUGGCGAGAACUGACGAGCCAACCAACGGCCAACCCGAGCGACAGAUUUUAAAGCCCAAGACCGAGACGAAACCCCUCCCCGUCAACGUUAGCAUGGCGAGCCGCUGCGUGGUUCUCCACAACAUGUUUGACCCCGCUGAGCAAGUGGGUGAGGACUGGGCUAAGGAGCUGGAAGAGGAAGUCCGGCAAGAAGCCGAGGAGAAAUACGGUCACGUCGUCCACAUCUCGCUCGACCCCAACUCCCAAGGCGACAUCUACCUUAAAUUCGACAAGGUUUCCGGCGGAGAGAACGCCAUCAAGGGCCUCAACGGUCGCUACUUUGAUGGACGGAUGAUCACUGCUGCUCCGGUUGUGGACGCGGUCUACAGCAGUUUGUUCUCUCGCACCAAGGCGAUCUAA